CUCCCCGGGAGUCAGUCGUCAGUCACGAGUUGAUCGGAGUCGAGUUAACUCGGGUCAUAGAAAAUCUCGAAAUAUUUAUCAAACGAAAAAUUCAUUCCGUAGAAUGAGAAAACAAAAUGUUCGAUGAAUCCUUGGUUUAAGGACCUCAUAUUCGUCACGAUGCUGUUCAUCUUUCUAUUUUUCGAAAAGUGUUAUUAGUGUCAGGGUGGAUUCAAGGUCGCUGUGUUACUUGAUUUACUUGUGGAUCCCAUCGAAGAUCUGUUGCAAAGGAAAAUCAGGAUAACGAUGAGCGUUACGAUAAUGAGGAAAUGAGAGGGGAUUUUUAUGGUAAAAAAUAAUUUGAAUCGGUGCAUCCAACCAUUCAAGAUAUCGGCAUCCCCAUAAGGUCGACGAAGACAGCGAUGAAACCAAAACAACCAACUGCGUCUAUCGACCUCGUUGACAUGGUUAAAAGUUCUGGGAAAAUUCAAGCUCUUGCCAGAGGCUGCUGUGGUCGGGAUGAUUUUUUCGGCAUAGAAAACACGAAUUCUCCUGUAACCAGGAAUCAAAAUUCCAACGGAAAUCACAGGGAAGCUUUCAUAUUCGGUAGUUGGAAGCGUAGAACUAAACGUAGACCAACCGCAACCGCAACCGUCAGACCCGUAUCCAUCAGUGACGAGAACUUCGAGAGGAACAAUAACAACAAUCUUCACGAUAUUGUUAACCACAAUAACAAUCAGACGAACAAACGAGGGAACGUCAUUCCCAGUUCCCAAAGGAGUUCCACUUACUAUCCAUCUUCGUACACUACGAGUGCGACUUCUUCUUUGGGUUUGGAAUGUCGCGUGACUUCUGGAGGAGAUGGGAAUCGAGGGGGUGAGGUCAUUCAAUGGGUGGAAGAGGAAUUUUGGUGUCCGAGAUGCAAUCAAAAAAUGCAGGAACCAAGACUUCUUCCUUGUCUUCAUCCCAUAUGCACACCAUGCGUUGAUCAGCUGGUCAAUCAUGCUCAUUUUUUUCCCGCAGGAGUUUCAUCCCCCGGCUAUCAAGAGGGAUGCGCGAUAUGCGAGAACCCCGUGCCCCUUUUUUUAGGACCCAACAGAGCGCCAUUGCCUCCUCCUCAUUACCCCCUUCAGCAUCGAUUGGUUAUGGAUGCAGUCAGAAGACGACUUGCACAUCAAGUUUUAUGCUGCGACACUUGCCCUGAAGAAGUUCAGGCUUCCGUUCAUUGUCCGGCUUGUCUUCGCAACUUUUGCUCCGAUUGUGGGACUGAACAUCAAGAGCGGGAAGUGAGAGCUUAUAAGGUUCACGAAGUUCGACCGCUAUGGGAAGCUCGAAGAGUUAGAAGAACAGCUUUGUGUCUUGCGCAUCCAACGCACGCUCUUCGGUUUCAUUGUAUUGCCUGUCAACAGGUUACGUGCAGAGAAUGUAUGUGGCGUGGUGCUCACAGAGGACACGCCAGCGAGGGGGCUAGUGGAGCAGGUCGGAGAGCUGCGACUCUGAUUACUUCAGCCCUGCAACGGGCUAGAGGACUUCUUAAUUCUCUUUUGGUUGAAUACAACAGUCAGUUAUUUUCGUCAGGUACUCUUGACCGACGGCAUAGUCUUUACAACACCGCGGUGGACAACGGCGAGAGGUACUCCGAGACACUCGCGAGGGUUUCCCACUCAAGAAGUCGCUCGACUUUGUCGUCGCACACCAAAGAAGCGCGAGAAAGGAUGCAGGAAUUCGCGCGUUUACAAAGAGCUCGACAUUUACUCGACGCGAUAUCGUUGGCUGAAGAACUUCUCGCUGACGGUGCUGACGUUGAAAUCCUCAGCCUCAGUGGUAUCAUUCUGAAACGUUUGAAAAAUCUGGGGGUCAAGCCGAUACCCCCGGAGAAUCGAAACAACGAACACGAGUACAACGAUGCCGGGGGAUCGGACUCUCAGGAGGAAUCGAGUGCGAGAUUAACGCACACAGGUGUUUAUCAUUGCUGUACAUUUUGCUCGAGUGGUGGCAAAAAAGAAGCUUCUUGUGCCUGCGGUGGAACAAUGCCAGGGGGUUACAAGGGCUGCGGGCACAGACACCAAGGUCAUCCAGGUGUCAGCCAUUGGUCAUGUUGUGCUUCGAUACAAAGACACGGAGAGUGUUUGAUGCCAAGGAAAUGUUCGUAUCAGAUAAUUUUAUGAAUUAAAUUAUAUUUAUGUAUAAUACAAUGGUGUACAAAGA